AUGAAGGAUAUUCCUCCUAUGCAUGUCCUAACUGAUAGAGAAGUUCCUGAGUAUGAGAUUCAUCCUACAGAGCUUGAUCUUUCUAACUCGGUCAAAAUUUCAAAAGGUACCUUUCACAAGGUUUCAUGGCGUGGAAUUGAUGUGGCUGUUAAAACCUUUGGAGAGGAAAUGUUCUCUGAUGAAGAUAAAGUGAAUGCGUUCAGGGAUGAACUUCAACUGCUUCAAAAGAUACGUCAUCCAAAUGUCGUUCAGUUUUUAGGGGCAGUUACUCAGAGUAAUCUCAUGAUGAUUGUGACAGAGUAUCUACCUAAGGGAGAUCUUCGACAAUAUCUAGACAGGAAAGGGGCUCUAAUGCCAGCGCAAGCAGGGAAGUUUGCACUUGAAAUUGCUAGGUUAAGUGGAUAUUGGGAAUGA